GGGAAGGGGGGUGUCACCCAGAGCACCCCGGCAGGGCCCGGGGCUGCCGAGGGGCGCGCGGAGCAGCCGGUGCUCCGGCACCCACUGGACCCCCCCCUCGGCCCCCCCGGGCGGUUUCCUUCUGGGGUGCUGGUGGGUGUGCGUGCGGGGCCCCCAGAGCCAGGGACGGUCACCUUGUUCUUGCAGCGUCCGCCGUGAGACCUAGAAAAUAAACCCUAAUAAGCCAGAAAGACACUUGCCAUCGUGCGGCUUGCAAGCCCGGGGCUGGUUUUGGUGGAGCGGUAUUUAUUUAUUGAAGGAGCUGUUUCAGUCAGGUGUGGGCCGGGGCCCGGUACAAGCCAACACUUUUGGCAACAGCUUUGCGGUACCGGCCCUUUGCCGAGCCGAGCCCCGCGGCAGCUCUGCUGCAGCCUCGCACCGCGGGAACUCCUGCCCGCAGUUUUGUAAAGGGGUGCGGGAAGCUGUGGUGGGCAGGGGCUGCCCGACCGGGCAGGGAGACGGUGAUGACCCCCCCUCGGCUCUCUUCGGCCACCCCGGGGCUCCCAGACCUGGCCGGGGGGAGCCGGGUGGGAAGGGGGCUGUGCCGUGGGUGCUGGGAUGGCGCGGUUUGUUUUCCCCAGGGCCUAGGAGGAGCGACGUGAUGGGAUGGAGAGUUACGGGUUUGUGGUUUCCAGAUAAGGUGGAAGCUGCGCAGGCUCCAGCUGGCUCCUGCCGAAGCUCAUCCCAAAUUCCCUGGCCGGGGGCACCUGGGAGCGGGAUGGGGCUGGUCCUGCUCCCAUGCCCAGCCAGCAGCGCUCAAGUUGAGAGCCUCCCCGAGAGCAAACCUCUCUUGUUCGGAAACAACCAAACCCCAGCAACCCCCGAGCACCCCGGUCCUGCCGGCCCCGGGCACCCUCUGCACCCAUCCGUGUGCCCUCCUGGCCCCGGGCGCUUGCAGGGGUCCCGUGGCAGGAGCCCGUCGCGCCGAGCAGGAGGGUGCCCUUAGAGGAGGCAGGAGGAGGAGGAGGGCAGCCAGCCUCCACCUCCCGAACCACUCAUGGCGAAGGAGCCGCUGCCGGCUGGGGUGUCCGUGCGGUGCUGUCGGGGGAGCACGAGGCGGGCGAAGGCUGUCGGGGGGGCCCGAUCCUCUGCCCAGAGCCCCCGGCUCCACGGGGCCAGGCAGCAGGGGUUUGGGGAGAGGUGAGCCGGAGCUGGGGUCUCCGAGGGGGCAGCGGCACCCGCCUGCCCCCACCAGCUCCCGGUGCUGCCGGUGACUUUGGCACAAUGCUUGCGUUCAUCUGGCGGGGCAGCCAGCGGCAGAGGGGGCUGCGGGGGGGCUGCAGGUCCCGGGGGGCUGGAAACAAGCGGCCGGUGCUGGGGAUGUCGCCUGUCCCUCCCAACAAUGCUGCUGGGUCCAGCGCUUGCCGCAAAGAUCAAGCAGAGCGUUGCCAAGUCGAUUCCCAACUUUGUCCCAGGGUUAAUCCCAAUCGCUCGGGCCACCAGCACCGAUCCUGGGCCGAGGGACCACAUUUGUGCAGGCAGGGAGCGGCGCAGGCAGCAACUGCCCCUGGGCUUGUGCCCGCUCCGGCAGCACCUACCGUCCGUGUUCGGGAGGUGGAAGGAGGGACGCACGCUGCACCACGGCUCCGUGGGGACGUGGCACCAAGCAGGACGAGGGAGCAGCAAGUGGGGUUGGAGGGGGCACGGGGCCAGCGGGGGAGAAGGCGAGAAGGAGCUGCCCUCCCUCAGCUGCCCCCAGACUCUGGGUGCAGGGGGGGUUUGCAAAUAAAUUAGGCGGCAGCACCUAAUUGGGGUGUGCUGGAGGAAAGGACGGGGUAGGAAAGCUUGGAAAUGGGCAGCUGCUCUUGGGGUGCUUUGCGGGCAGAGGGGGCCCACGGGGUGCCCCAUGCGCGUUGCAACCGAAGUGUUUGGCUGCCGGCGCUCGUGCGCGGGACCGGCCGCCCCACGGCACGGUGGGGGUCUGGGUUGAGGCGUCUGGGCCUGGCAGGCCUCGGGGACGUUGCGCGUGCAUGGCGGGCCUGGCACCGUGCCGGUCAUGCUGCUCGACCCCCGCGGUGCCUCUCCCCUGCUUCCCUCCUGGUGAAGCCUGGGGGCUGCCGUCUCUCCCCGCGGGCGCCCGUGCUGCUGGCAGGCUCUGCCGAGACUCCCCUCUUUCUGGUUCUUCACCUCCCCCGGAUGAGCAGCCCUUUUCUGCACUGUUUUCGCUCUGAAUCUCUGUUUCUCAGAGAUUCUUCUUUGCUCUGACCUUGUACCGCUGCCGCCGCUGCCCCCGCAGCUGCUGGGCUGGAAGGAGCGGCUGGGGUGGCGAUUUGGGUGACGAUGUGGCACCCAUCCCGUGCCGCCCUGCACCGUGUAGCUGCCGUGACGUCCUCCUCAGCCCCGCCGCUGGCGGCAGCUUCCCGGGUCAGGGCGAUGUAGGGCGAUUGGGGUCCGGGGAAGGGAUGGAGUGAGGGGAGAAUCGGCACAGCCCGGGUGUGCCGGAGUGGGGAGCCUGGAGGUCAGUGUCCUCCGGAGCACCCGUGUGUCUGCGGGUGCUCCCUGGGACCGGGGGAGGCUGGAAGGAGACUUUCCCGUCCUUGGGCAGGUUCUUCUGGAGGGAGCCCCAGGACCCCCAACGAUGGAGCGAGAGGAGAAGCCGUUUGGGGGGGAUCCCCAGGACGCGAGGCUCCGGGGGAUGCUGGACACCUGCGGCGCAGGAAAGGAGUGGGCCGGUGUGAAGUGUGAGAUCGUGGUGAAAACGGAGCCAGAGGAUGAGUCCUACAUUGGGUGUCCCCAGGGCCUGGGUGCCACCGUCCCCAGUGUCCCCAGCUACCCCAGCACUGACAUCAAAGCGGAGGUCGUCGUUAAAAGCGAGCCCGAGGAGGAGGAGGCAGCCUACGGUGGUUACUGCCUCGGCUCCCGGGUGGGGGACGUGCCCCACCACCCCGCUGCCUGCGAUGCCAAGCCGGAGAUCAUCGUGAAGGUGGAGCCGGAGGACGAGUCGUACAUCGGGUGCCCCCGAGCUCCCGGGGCAGGCAGCGAUGGUGAGUGGCGUCCCAAGGAGGAGCCGGAGGAGGAGAAACCGGAGGCGGCUGAGCUGGCAAAGAGCCUGGGGGCUGUCUUGGGGCGCCCCCUCGGGCCCCGCGUCAGCCAGUGGAUGGUGCGGCAGGCGCAGGGUGCCGUGGCCGAGCUCCGGCGCAGACCGGCGGUGCCCGGGGGGCCACGGGCCACCUCCGAGCCCCAGGGGCUCUGCCUGGAGAAGGGGACGGCUCCGGUGGUGCCGGCGAGCGGAGCUGGGCAGAACCCCCCCUCUGCCUGCGGAGCGGGCAGCGCCGCGGCCCCUGGUGCCGAGCCGGCGCGGCGUCCCCGCAGCCACGCCGCCAAGCGUCCUUUCACCUGCAGCGAGUGUGGGAAGAGCUUCCAGCACCGAGGGAACCUCAUCACCCACCUGCGGGUGCACACGGGGGAGAAGCCCUUCGCCUGCACCGUCUGCGGCAAGAGCUUCAGCCAGAAGGGUGACCUGAUGCGGCACCAGCGCAUCCACACCGGCGAGAAGCCGUUCGAGUGCACCAUCUGCGGCAAGAGCUUCUGCUCCAAGCAGACCUUCAUCCUGCACCAGCGCAUCCACACCGGUGAGAAGCCCUUCUCCUGCACUGAGUGCGGCAAGAGCUUCAACCGCAAGGCCAACUUCAUCACCCACCAGAAGAUCCACCGCGGUGAGCGCCCCUUCAUCUGUGCUGAGUGCGGCAAGGGCUUCUGCGCCAAGAAGACCUUCAUCCUCCAUCAGAAGAUCCACAUCGGCGACCGGCCCUUCGGCUGCUCCGAGUGCGGCAAGAGCUUCAGCCGCAACGGCGACCUGACACGGCACCAGCGCAUCCACACCGGCGAGCGCCCCUUUGCCUGCGCCGACUGCGGCAAGUGCUUCAGCCACAAUGGCGAGCUGAUCAAGCACCAGCGCAUCCACACCGGCGAGAAGCCCUUCACCUGCACCGAGUGCGGCAAGAGCUUCAACCGCAAGGGCACCCUCAUCACCCACCAGCGCAUCCACACCGGCGAGCGCCCCUUCGUCUGCCCCGAGUGCGGCAAGACCUUCAACCUGAAGACCACGCUGAUGAAGCACAAGCGCAUCCACACGGGCGAGCGUCCCUUCACCUGCCUGGAGUGCGGGAAGAGCUUCAAGUACAAGGGCAACCUCCGGACCCACCACCUCACCCACACGGUGGAGCGGGUCUACCCCUGCACGGAGUGCGGCAAGAUCUUCAGCCACAAGAAGGAGCUGACGGUGCACCAGGGCGUCCACACGGGCGAGCGUCCCUUCGGCUGCCCCCGCUGCGGGAAGGGCUUCCCCUCCAAGGGGGACCUCAAGCGCCACCAGAAGACCCACGCGAGGAAGAGACCCCACGCCUGCACCGAGUGCGGGAAGAGCUUCGGCAAGAGCCGGGACCUGAAGAAGCACCAGCAGACGCACACGGCGGCGCGGCCCUUCUCCUGCCCGCAGUGCGGCCGCCGCUUUCGGCUGAAGCAGAUCCUGGCGUCGCACCAGAAGGUGCACGGCGGGGAGAAGCCCUUCGGCUGCGCCGACUGCGGCAAGCGCUUCGGUCAGAAGCAUCACCUGCUGAGCCACCGGCGGGUGCACACCGGCGAGAAGCCCUUCGCCUGCGGCCACUGCGGCCACCGCUUCAGCCAGAAGCACCACCUGGUCAGCCACCAGCGCAUCCACACCGGGGAGCGCCCCUUCGCCUGCGCCCGCUGCCCCAAGGCCUUCAGGGACAAGAAGACCCUCACCGUCCACCAGCGGGUCCACACCGGCGAGAAGCCCUACAAAUGCGGCGAGUGCGGCAAGACCUGCAGCCAGAAGCAGCACCUGAAGAGCCACCAGCGGGUGCACCGGGGCAUGCCGGCGGUGCCGGAGGGCGACUGGUGGGAGGUGGGGGGUCCGUCCCCGGCGGGGGGGCGAGCGGAGGCCAAGCCCUUCCAGUGCGGCGGCUGCGAGAAGCGGUUUCGGGACGAGGGGAUCAUGCUGGCUCACCAGCGCACCCACGGCACCCCCAGCCUGCGGCCGCCUCCGCAGCCCGGCACCCCCCAAAACUGCCGCUGAGGGGCCCGUGGCGUGCCGGCGGUGGCUGAGGGGGGGUCACCCAGAGCACAGACCUCCGGCUCCACCGGAGCAGCCACGCAUGAGCUGGAUGCGAGUGGCGGCCGCGGCCCCCUCCGCCACCGGCUCCGGCUGCUGCCCGAGAGGCAUCCUCGCCGGCACGGGCUGGAUCCUCCUGGGCUGCUCCCUGGGGACGCCCCAAACAGCCGGCAUCAGGCUCGUCGGUCAUCGGCACCCCUUCCCCACCGUGCCGGGCCCCGUGGUGCCGGCAGCUGCUGCGGGAGAGCCGCAGGCGCAGGACUGGCUGCCAGGGCAGAGGAAAUACGAUAAGUAUAUCACACUGCAGUCAGAAUGGUUUACGGGACAGAGGGGAAGAUGCUGCUUUAUUUUUCCACCCAACUAGUAAAUAAAAAGCUUCUUGGUGCUGACAACAAGCAGUGAGCUCCACGGCAGUGCGGCAUGUGCCACCGCUCACCGGCGGCAGCCCCUGUGCCUGGGUCAGGGCCGGCAUCCCCUUACUCAUCCCUAGAAAACCCCUUUCCUCGCCCGUUCUCGUUGGGAGAUGGCGAGAGGCCGGGAUCUGCUGGGCAGCCGGGGACAAAGCAGCGUUCCAAGGGAGCCAGAGGGAUGUGGGCUCGUCUCGGUGAGAGGUGCAACCUGUGCGGGGCCACUGGACCUUGCUGGCAGCCAGCUGCUCUUCCCAUCAGCUUGUUUUAAUUUUUUCAAUCACUUGUGCCCAGAGUUUCGCUCUAUUGCCCCAAAAAGCUGGAGUUGGAGUUGGUGGCCGUGUCAGUCAAAGCCCGGCUUGGUGUUUCAGGGGUGCCCAGGGCAUGGGGUGGGGGGCCCAUCCCCUGCCUGACACCGACCCCCUUCCCGCUUGUCCCCCUGGCCUCGAGGCUCUCCGGGACACCGGCUCCCUCCCGCAGGUCUCGGCUCCCCCAAACACGGUCGGUCCGAGUGGCCUCGGGUGCGUCCCCACGUCACCCACCGCUCCCACAUGAGCCCACCCUCCCCAUGGCCUCUUCAGCCCCCCCAGACCGUGACCCCCAAACCCCGAGUUGCUCCAGGCUCGGCCCCAAACAGUCCCAGCUCACUGCGAGAUGAAUCUUCUCUAAUUAGAAGUACAGAAGGAGCAAGAAGCAGGGCAGGACCCAGGAUUAGUGGGCACGUCUGUGCCAACAGUGAAGCCACGGGGCCAGUGACCCCCCCCCCCCCGCCAGCCCCCUCGCUGCCAGCAGCACCCUCCCCUCUGCACCUGGGGGCUGCAUCAUCCCCCCCCCCCGGGUCCUGCCUUGUGGCUGCCAGCCGGCUGUGGAGCCACACAGGGUUUUUACCGCCCGACUUUCUGCACCCUGCUCCGGUGGGUUUGGUACAAGAUGGCAGCACCAUGUCCCCGUUGCUACCAGCAGCUGCACGCUGGAGCUGCCGCCAUCACCUCCAAGCCCACCUUAGCCCAUUUUAAAGAUGCUGCCUUGGUUGGAGUGAUUAAUUUCUUCUUUCCAAUGGAAAACCAGCUUGUAUUUUUUUGCUUAUUAAAACUGAUAUUCCAGCGUUA